CUCUUCUUCUUUUUUCGAGGACCGAAGGCCAACCGACCUUCACCGAACAGCUCGUUUGUGGGGUGCUCAUCCAUCACCAUGGCUGACGUGUCCGAGGCGUUUCGCAGCUUUGCUGGCGGGGCGAGCGAACUGGACGGCCGGCAGUUCGUCAAACUCUGGUUAGCAUAGCAGCCUGGGGGUGGGGUGGACGGUGACGGCCCGGGCAGCCCCAUGCCCAUGUUCUGUGUUUGUGUUGCUGUGCAGCAAGGUGAGGCCACGUGCUGUGGGGCUCCACCUCGGGCGGUCGAUUGCUCGGCGUGCGCACCUUUCUCUCUCUCUCUCGCUCUCUCUCCGUGUGUUCGAUUCUGUCUGUGUGUCUGUCUGUGCGCUUGUGAUUGGUCGACCAGGACUGCAGAAUCAUCGACUCCAAGUGCACUUCCACUGACGUACGUGAGCGACGGAUGGCAGAAUUUGCCGUCGUUUCUUCAUCCAUUGAAUGAUAAGAGUGGUAUUCGUUGCCUGCCUGCCUGGCUGGCUGGCUGGCUGGCUGGCUGCAGGUGGACCUGAUCUUCGCCAAAGUCAAGCAGAAGGCCGCAAGGAAGGUCGACAGCAGGGAGGGGAGGGAGGGAGGGAGGGAGGGACAGGACAACCAAGCAGCUGACUUAUGGGAGACACGACGCCCUUCCCAUACACAUGGUUCCGGUGCUCUCUCUCUCUCUCUCUGUGUGUGUGUGUGUGUGUGUGUUGGAUGUUGUCACCAUGUCAGAUCAAUUUGUUUGAGUUUGAGCAGGCCCUGGAGCUGCUGGCCGAGAAGAAAAAGAUCUCCGUUUCUGACCUCAAGAACAAAAUCGGCUCCUCACAGGGUCCGUCUGUGAACACACACACUCAGACACAGAGACAGAGAGAGAUAGAGAGAGAGAAAGGGACACCAUCCGUGUGGUGUGAAUGAUGUGUGUGUAUGUGUGUCGGUGGCUGGACGGGUGCCCUCACUGCACGUGGCACGGUGUCAGGACCCGUUCUCACCGGCACCAAGACCGAGGCUGUCAAGUAGGACACACACCACACACGAGACCACGAGACACACACUGAUCUUCAUAUCCUCUGUCUGUAUGUCUCUCUCUCUGUACCUGUGUGUGUGUGCAGGUUCUAUGACGACAAGUCGACGGUAAAUGACCACAGUGGGAAUGAAGGGGAAUGAGGGCGUGUGAGGGUCUGCUGGCAUUGUGUGACACCUACCUGUCUCUCACUCACUGCUGACUCUGACUCUGACUCUCACUCUGCUGCAUCGGGUGACUGUGGCCCCGGUGCGGUGCUUGCAGUUCACGGGUGUGCACCAGCACGGCGGUCCCUCGACGGUCGACAAGGGGCGAAACAAAUUCUCAGACCUCUCUGAAUUCUGCGGUACACACACACACAGACAGAGGCACGUGUGUGUGAAGGGCAGAAUGUGCGCACACACACACCCCUAAACAUAAACAUACCUCUGUCUGUAUCCCAUCGGUGUGUCUUGUGUUGAUCGCAUUGCCUGCAGACCGCACCCCUGCCGACGUCAGAGGUGCUGCAAUGACUGACUGGCAAAAGAGCUGGCUGAUUUGUGGGGCCGUGAAUGUGUGUGUGCCGGUGUGAGUGCAGGCAUCAAGUCGCUCAAGUAACCGACUAACUAACGGGCUUCAUACUUGCACCCACACAUCGGCACCGAAAUGGACGAGGGAGUAAAUGUUGUAUGGUGUCUGCUGCCUGAUGAACG